UAUACUAGGCCUUGGCGACAGAAAGUAAGCCAUCUUGUUUACCUCGAAAUUUAUAGUCUUAGGGAUAGAGGUCCAGUACUGUUACGAGACGUUAAUUUUCGCAAAUUUUUUUUGUGAGUUAUCUCUCUCUUUGAUGCGAAAGUAAUUCACUGAACAUUGAUAAUGAAUCUAAAUGUUGUUUAUACUCCUAUACCAAAAACAAAUAUCGAUUCUGCAGGUGGCACAUGGGAUGACAUAGCCUUUGGUGCCGCAUCUAUGCAAGGCUGGAGACAUGAACAUUCUGAUACAUAUACUUGCUUAAAGGAUUUUUUUGAAAACUUCAAAUUUUUUGCAGUUUAUGAUGGUCAUGGAGGUUCUGAGAUUGCGAUAUAUUUACAAAGAUAUUUACAUAAGUUUAUUUUGCACCAUAUGAAGGAGACACGGGAUGCCGAGCUGUCUUUACAAUUUGGCUUCCUAGAAUGUGAUUCUUUUAUUAAAGAACCUCAAGGCAUUCAGGUCUUAAACUCAAUUCUGGAUGAGCUUACUAGCCAAAAUCUUCUGUCUGCUGCUGAAAGGUUUUUCCGAUUUAGAAAGCUGCCACCUCUAGAAGCUGAUUCUUUACCAGAGAGGGCUGCAAAUUUUUUAAAUGAUCUGCUAGAUCAAAUUAGAGCUGAAAGAGAAAAUCAGUCUGCUGAACACCCAGAACAAGAGGAAGAUGAGAAAAUGGAAGUGGAAAGUGCGAUGGAAAAGGAAGAAGAGCAGAGUGCAAUGGAAGAGGAAGAUGAUGAUUCGGAUGAGGAAAUUCUGCUAGAUGAGGAAGAAGAGGAAAAAAUGAAGACUGUGGAGGAAAAGGAAGAAAAAGAGAGUGUGAUGGAAAGAGAAAGACAAAAAAGUGCGAUGAAAAGAGAAAGACCAAAAAGUUGGAAAUUUUUUUUCAAAAAAACAUAUAAGGAAGAUAAGAAAGAAGAAACAUGUGUGGAGGAGAAGAAAGAAGAAACAUGUGUGGAGGAGAAGAAAGAAGAAACAUGUGUGGAGGAGAAGAAAGAAGAAACAUGUGUGGAGGAGAAGAAAGAAGAAACAUGUGUGGAGGAGAAGAAAGAAGAAACAUGUGUGGAGGAGAAGAAAGAAGAAACAUGUGUGGAUGAGAAGAAAGAAACAUGUGUGGAGGAGAAGAAAAGAACAUGUGUGGAGAAGAAAGAAGAAACAUGUGUGGAUGAGAAGAAAGAAACAUGUGUGGAUGAGAAGAAAGAAACAUGUGUGGAGGAGAAGAAAGAAGAAACAUGUGUUGAGGAAAAGAAAGAAGAAGCAUGUGUGGAGGAAAAGAAAGAAGAAGCAUGUGUGGAGGAAAAGAAAGAAGAAGCAUGUGUGGAGGAAAAGAAAGAAGAAGCAUGUGUGGAGGAAAAGAAAGAAGAAGCAUGUGUGGAGGAAAAGAAAGAAGAAGCAUGUGUGGAGGAAAAGAAAGAAGUAUGUCUGGAAAUAAAGAAAGCAGCAACAUCAUCAGGAAAAGACUUCGGAGAAAAAACUUUCUUCUGUGAUGACUGCAAAUACUUUUUCUGUCGAUGCGAAGAAAUACAAAGAGAAGAAAGCGAAUCUCCGACUCCAAAAAGAAGGAAGACUGACGAGGAUGACAAUGCAAAUGGGAUUGAUUUAAAUCAAAUUAUGCCUGGGGUUCAUAGUGGAUCUACUGCGACAGUAGUACUUCUGAAUAAAUCUACACUUUAUUUGGCAAAUGUGGGUGACUCAAGGUGUGUUUUAUCUACUGCUGGAAGAGCAGUUCAUUUAUCUGUGGAUCAUCGACCUUCUGUUAAAGAAGAAGCUGAGCGCAUUAUAAGUGCUGGUGGAACUGUACAAGAUGGUCGUAUUAAUGAAAGUUUAAAUUUAUCCAGAGCAUUUG